AUGGAGGUCGACAAGGACUUAGAUGCGUACGAUCCCGAUCAGCCGCUGGAGAUGCGGCGGCAGAUCCAGAGGGGUAUCCGCGAUCUCGAGAAGGACAUGAACGAGAACUCGGAAGAGUACAUGAAAAUUGGAUCGACAAAGAUUAUAGACACCCUCGAUAAGCUAAAUGCGCAUUCCGAGCAGAUCAAGCAAACCACCGAGGCGGCCAUCGACUCCAAGGCCUUGCUGAACCUCGUGGACCUGGCGCAUCGCAAACUGCAGAGGCUUACGGCAGGCAACAUUGGAAACGGAGUCGACGUGGAUGAGUUGGUGGCUAAGUGCAAAAUCUACAUGCGACAAGGGAGAGGUAUCAGCGAGGAGGACGCAGACGAGCUUUCAGGAACACAACGUCGCAGAAGAGUACCCGCGCGAGCCUUGGGCUCAGACGACGAGGAUGAGGAUGGAGAUGAAGGCGAUAUGCUGGACUGGGCCCAUUUCGGCCAGUAUGCAUGCAUACCCAACAUUCGACGGCCGGCUGUUCCAGGCUUCCUUCUUGGGCCUUUGUCCGUGCAAAAGAAGGUUCGCAAGGUCGUACAAAGGGCUGCGCCGUUGCGCAUCAGAGACCUUCACGAAGUGCGCCCUGAAGUCUUGCGAACAGAAGAUAUUGCCAAGUCUGAGAAAAAUGAUCUGACAGCGAUAUGUCGGAAGAUCAGCGAGAGGCUCACUCAGGUCAAAGCUGCGGCAGAAGAGAGGGUACAAGCAACACAUGAUGACCCGAAUUCGACAGACGAGGACGUGGAACAAAUGAUGGAGCAAUGCGGCAUGCGAAGCGAUGGUGGCAUUGAUCUACUAAGAUUUGUUGUAAAUCCAAGGUCAUUCGGACAAACCGUGGAGAACAUGUUUUAUGUCAGCUUCCUGAUCCGUGAUGGGAUCGUUGGUGUUGAAUAUGACGACGAUGAUCUUCCAUCACUCAGUAUGUCCCCAUUCUAUGUUUGA